AUGUUCAGCGGGACUUCCGUGGCAAAUAUCAGUACCAAUUCAACGAACGAUACAGUUCCGAAUGAGGCUUCAUGGUUGGACAUUCUUCAGUACACUCUGUUUGCCAUAAUAUUUGCAGUUAGUACCAUAGGAAAUAUUUUGGUCUGUUUGGUGGUGUUGGGAACAAAACGCAUGCGCACAACACGAAAUUUCCUCCUUGUUAAUCUGGCGGUAUCAGAUCUAACGGUAGCCCUAUUAUGUAUACCGUUCGACUUGGUGCUCAAGAUUACAGCACCCAACUGGCCGCUUGGUGCCGCGAUGUGCAAGUUAUUGUGGCCUUCUAUGACACUUGUAACCAAUUCCUCUGCAGUUACACUUGCAGUAAUCAGCUUUGACAGGUAAGAGUCUGGCCUAAUUACAAAUAAUUAUCAGUUUUUACAUCCUUUUGAAUACUCCUCUAUUUUCAUGAGCAAAAACAAAUGUCUUGAGAGAAAUGUUAUAUAAGAACCGUGUGGUUCAUGAUACAUUUUGUCAUCUAUUCAAGUGCAGAUUCUCGUGAGAUUUUUUUUCUGUGCAGAUCGCAUUUUGUUGUUGUUGUUGUUUUUUAAUUUUCACGUGUCACAUAGCACAGUUAUGUUUAGAAAAGGUAAGGUCUGCAUUUAAGAAACAUCUGAGUCCAAAAAAAAAAGAGAUAUUAAGGCCCUUACGGUCCUUACGCACUAUCGUAAUUCAAUCUUUUUUCAGUUAUUUCUUUCAUUAACACUUCGUCAAAUUAUAUACCUUUUGAAUUUUUUGUUCAGAAUCAUGGAGCAAAGUGGGUAAAUUCUCAAUAAUACUUCCAUUUUCCAUCUAAGGUAUCGCGCAAUAGUCCGACCGACAAAAGCUCGUCUCACAACUCGACAAACUGGUUUCAUCAUUGGGGCAAUCUGGGUGGUGUCGUUAUUGCUUGUGCUGCCAUACAUGUUAGCUUUGAAGGUAAUCGAUAAAAGCUGCGACGAAGAAUGGCCCAGUAACGCCACACAAAAAAUCUACACUGUGGGACUGUUUGUAUUCCAGUAUGCUUUACCUCUCACAAUCAUUGCGUUUGCAUAUGUCAAAAUAGUUCUCAAGCUUCGAGAACAAUCGGAACGAAUGGCGAGCUACCAUGAAAUUUCAAAGAGGCCAGCAUCUCCAUCGUUGCCAGAGGAAAACUGGAAUGCUGGCAAUAGCCUCGCCCCCAACAUAAGUGAUGCAAUCUCGUUGUCUUCUCCUGUUCCAGAGAGGAAGAAAUUUAGGAAUGGGAAUCUCAAUAAAACACAUCAUCUUGGUCAUAAGAAAUUAGAAAUCCAGAUGCACGAUAUUGCCUCCCCACUUCCAACAAGGAAGAAGCAGCAGUUUCCGACAACAUCCCGAGCUUGCAGAAUGAAAGAAGCAAAACGACUCGAGCACAACACUAAAAUUGUAAAGAUGCUUGUUUCCGUAGUCCUCUCUUACGCGAUUUGUCUUUUACCAAAUCAAGUUGCUUGGUUAUGGUUGGAGUUUGGAUCUGGUGAAAGCUGGCCUCAUUUUCAAGAGUUACUUAUAUUUGGAAGCCUUAUGGUAUACAUCAACAGUUCUGUUAAUCCUUUACUCUACGCUGGUAUGAACGAAGAAUUUAGAAAGGGAUUCAUAAGAAUUAUAAAAUGCCAAUGGAGAGAGCAGCGUCAAACAUUUUAG